UUUUUCUUUUCUCUUUUGAGACAAUUUCCUUGUUGAUCUUGAUUUAUGACUUUUUCCACUGUUCUUCUUAAGCUUGGAUUUGUACCUCGACGUUUGUGCAUUACUCCAUAAAUAAUACCUUAUAUUCUCUCUUUAUUAUUUGACUUUCCCUUCUCUAUUAUUAUUAUUAUUAUUAUUAUUAUCUUUGAUACCACCAUUUUAUAAGACAUGAGUGCCGUAUUCGAAUUCGACGAUGAUGACAAUUUACGACCAUUAAGAAGAGAUAGUACUACAACCAAUAAUAGUAUUUCUCUUGUCGAAUUGACUUUGGAUUCUGUAACUAAAGAACUCGCCAAUAGUAUGAAAGAUGAACUACCUUCCUUUACCAAUACUGUUACUGCUUCUACUAUCAUGACUGGACCUCCUCAACAAAUUGAAAGUGGUUAUUCUUCUGAAGUCGACGCUCCUGAACCAACAUUGAUCCAACCAAAUGAAACUACUUAUGAAGUGGAACUAGGUAGAAAAUCAUUCAUCUCUUCUUCUGUUACAACUGGUGAUAUUCAAACCAUGAAGAAAAAACGAAAAGUUAGUUUGGAUGACUUUGAUAUUAUCAAAUUACUUGGUCGUGGGGCAUAUGGAAAAGUCAUGCUUUGUCGUCAUAUUGAAUCUGGACAAUUAUAUGCUAUGAAAGUACUCAAAAAAGCUUCUUUAAUGGUUCAUACAAAGAAUGCCGAACAUACCAAAGCUGAACGUCAAAUCUUGGAAGAAGUCCGAAAUCCUUUUAUUGUUCAAUUGAUGUAUGCAUUCCAAACAAAUGAUCGUCUUUAUUUGAUAUUAGAAUAUGCUCCUGGUGGUGAAUUAUUUACUCACAUGGCUACGGAAUAUAUGUUUUCUGAAGAUGUUGCUCGAUUUUAUUUGGCAGAACUUGUAUUAGCUUUGGAACACAUACAUAGUCUUGGCAUAGUCUACAGAGACUUGAAACCAGAGAACUGCUUGUUGGAUGCUGAAGGCCAUGUUGUACUUACUGAUUUUGGUUUAAGUAAAGUAUCAUUAGAUGGAAGAACAAGUACAAUAUGUGGUACAGCCGAGUACAUGGCUCCAGAAAUAUUAAUGGAAAUGGCAUAUGACAACUCUGUUGAUUGGUGGACAUUGGGUAUAUUGAUGUUUGAGAUGUUGACUGGCUAUACUCCUUUUAGAUCAGCCAAUAAAAAGAAAACUUUGGAUGCCAUUCAAAAGAAAAAGUUACAAUUACCGUACUUUUUAUCUAAUGAUGCAAAGGAUCUAUUGACACGACUUUUACGCAAAAAUCCAAAUGUUCGAUUGGGAAAUGGUAAAGAUGGCAUUCGACGCAUCAAAUCACAUGGAUUUUUCCGCAAAGUGGAUUGGCAGAAACUCAAGGCACGGGAAUUGACUCCACCCAUUCUUCCUGUUGUGACUGAUCCUAUUUUGGCGGAAAACUUUGAUGCAAAAUUUACUGAUGAAAUUAUCAAGGACACCCCUAUUGAUUCACUUACAACUUUAGAUACUGAAAUGCAAGCCUAUUUCAAAAACUUUAGUUAUGUCGGUCGCUCAUAUUUGGAUGAUCAACUGUGCAAGCAAUCAAAUGACCCGUGAUGAAUAUAUAUAUAUAUAUAUAUAUAUAUAUAUA